CCUUUUUCCAGCUCCAUCAUUACGUCAAGAAGAGGAAGAUUUAAGCGGAAAGAAAGAGGAAGUGGAGCUAAGCUUUCACCACAGGCGCCGGGGCGACGUUAUCAGCCUGCUUUCGACAGUUUCCCCUCAGCUUUAUAUCAAAUAAUUUGGUCAUAACAAUUCAAGACAGCAAACAUGCUUCGAGAGAUUCAGGAAAUUGGCUCGCAUGCCAGGGAUAUCUACGACUACCUCUUGGAGGGAUUUGAUCCACGGCUGAAGGAUUAUCCACUGAUGACGAGUCCUAUCUCCAUGUCCGUAAUAUUGCUGUGUUACCUGUUCUUUACAAUGUACCUCGGACCUCGCAUAAUGGCCAAUCGCAAGCCCUUCCAGCUGAAGGAAGCCAUGAUAGUCUACAACUUCACACUAGUGGCACUGUCGAUAUACAUCGUCUAUGAAUUCCUGAUGUCCGGUUGGCUCACAACGUAUACCUGGCGAUGUGACCCAGUUGAUAUGUCUGACAGUCCUCAAGCACUUCGAAUGGUCAACGUGGCCUGGCUGUUCUGGUUCUCCAAGAUUAUUGAGCUCAUGGACACAAUGUUCUUUGUGUUGAGGAAAAAGCAAGGCCAGGUCACCUUCCUACAUGUCUUCCACCACUCCUUCAUGCCCUGGACCUGGUGGUGGGGAAUUAACUAUGCUCCUGGUGGAAUGGGAUCUUUCCACGCCAUGGUGAAUUCCUCCGUCCACAUCAUCAUGUAUUUCUACUACGGCCUCUCUGCUGCUGGACCGCGCUUCCAGAAGUUUUUGUGGUGGAAGAAAUACAUGACUGCCAUUCAGCUGACCCAGUUUGUGCUGGUAUCCAUCCACGCUACCCAGUAUUACUUCAUGGACAGCUGCGACUACCAGUUCCCCAUGAUCCUCCACCUCAUCUGGAUGUAUGGGACCUUCUUCUUCGUGCUCUUCUCCAACUUCUGGAUCCAGGCGUACGUGAAGGGCAAGCGUUUGCCGAAACAGGACGUUAAGCAGUGCCAGAACGGCACGGCCGCGUACACCAACGGCAAACACCACGAGAACGGCAUCAACCACGGAGCCAGCAACGGAGCCAGCAACGGCUCGGCUCGCCACGAGAACAGCAGCACUCACGUGAGCAAGAUGAAGAAAGCCUAGGAUCUCAGGAAGGAAACGCCCAAGAAGUAUGACCCAGUGAAACUGUUCAAACGGAUUCCAAAGAUAGUUUUGGCUGUGUUUCUGUUCCUUUUGUUAGUUUUAUAUGCAACACAUGGGGAAAUGACGUGGUCAAUGAUUUCCACAGUUGGGGUCCCACAUUAUGUGUUUGUUUUUGAGUUGGGAAACCAUUUAUGGAACUAAAUGUAUGAAGAGAAGAUGUUAUCACUUUAAAUGUUAUCUUCACUGAUGUUGCAACGAUGACCUCCUAGUUCAGUAUCACACUGGCGGCCUUUCACCCCACUUGCCUUCACUACUUCUCUGACCCCCACAUCAUCCUGACCCCCCUGUGGACAGAUGACUGUACAGUUUCUAUCAAACUUGAAGAUACUUUUUGUAAAUAGUUUUACAGAAAACAAACAAAAAAAAAUAACUAAUUGUAUUGGUUUAGUCUUUCUAAAUUUUGUUAUAUUGUGUAUUUAAAAUUAAAUGGCAAUAAAUAAAAAAAUUGAAAUGAUCUUCUA